AUGUACGGCCUCAAGACGACCACGUCUCUCUUCCGGCCCUCCAGCCGUCCCACUUCCCCCGUUCCUGCUCCCCGCACGGACACCCCUGGCGCUGAGCGUGCGGCCCGCCCCCUCUCCAAGCUCUCCCUCUCCACCUUCCGCCGUGCCUCUCCGUCCCCCGUCGUCCUUCCCGGCCCGACUCCUCCCACAACAGUCGUCCAGGAUGGCUCAUUCAUGGAGGUCCUCAGCCUGAAGCUCAGCGAAGCGGUUUCCAAGGCUCUCGCUCAACCUACCGGCCCUCCCGUCCCUGGAGAAAUUUUGCUCGCCGGCAGGCGUGCCAUCCCAUCCGGUCGCGGCCGCGCGCUCGGGGCUCUGAUCGUGUCCGAGGUCAAGGCCGCGCAGGAGAACCAUCAUUUGUACCGCGCGGUCAUCCGCACCCUCCACCGCCCCCUCUCCGUCCUGCAGACCAACCUCUCGAACACAAUCAUCCCUCUUCUCUCCGCCCCCGCGUUCCAGAGCCCCGCUGCACCUACGCCCGCGGAGCCGCAGCUGACGCCCACCCAACUCCACGCGGUUGCCCUCGCUACCUUCGCUGGAGAGUUGUUGGAACAAUUUGACGAGAUUGGGCUCGGCACGGAGUUGGACAACAGGCAGGAGAACCUGAAGCCGGUCCGUGAUAACUUGGUUUCCAUCGUCCAACGUGUCGUGGAUCCCCUCGUCAACGGCAUGAAGGUCGAGCUCGUUCCUCUGAUCGACGCCUUGGAGACCGUCCCAAACGCCAACGCCACCUCUACCAAGUCACCCGGAGUCAUCCGGUCUCCCGUACCCCACUCCUCCAUCAUGACUCUCCAGGCUCUCAUCCCCAUCUACGCUCGCGCGUUGUCCCGCAUUGUGACGACGGUGUAUGCGGAGAACACCCUCGCCACCUUGCUCAUCUCGCUCGUGUGGCGCGGCAUGGUGGCACUGACACACCGGCCUUCGCUUCCGCCAUCACCGCCCGCCUCCCCCUCAAUGACGUCGAACACGCUCAAGCCCAAGGACUCGCGCAAGGCGCUCACGAGCCCCCCAACGACGCCCCCGCCGACGCGCUUCACGCUCAAGCUCCCGCCGUCGCGCCCUCCCUCGCCGCCGUCGACCGCCUCCCGCGGUCCCACCGUCGCCAGCGACGCCCGUUCGCUGCUCGACCUGCUCAACCAGCUCCCCAAGCCAUCGACCAAGGAGCAGACGCGCCUGGCGCGCGAAGCGGUGGACGAAGCCUUCGACGGGCUCGCCGCGCUCCUUGCCCUGCUCGAGGCCAUCCAGGUGCACACCGCCCCAGCGCCGGCGCUCCCCAGCGUGGGUGCUUUGUCCAGCAGCCCGAAGGCGGCGCCACUCCCCGAGCUCGUCCCGAUCGUGCUGGCGCUCCCGCUCCUCCUCCGCGUCUUCGUCCCCGGCGAGCGCAGCUACCGGAAGAGCUGCCUGAGCGGGUUCGGGCGGGCGGAGGAGUGCGGGAUCGCGGUCGGCGAGCGCGUCCUGCGCGUGCUCCGGGGCGAGGCCGUCGGCGGGGAGAUGCUCGGGUGGCUCGAGCGCGAGCUGGAGGUGGCGCGGGCGGAGCGCGAUGCGCAUUGA